AUAUUUCUAGACUGUGUUUCUCUAAACAACGUCGUUUCUUAUAUUCCAUUUGCCAAAUACUCGGCAUCCUAUUUCUCAUUCAUUGUUGUAUAAAGCCACAAAAAUCCCCAAAAUCGAAAGAGACCCUUCCAGUCUUACACUCUCAAGUCAAAGCGAAACACAAACACAUAACACAGAGAAUGAGAGAGUUUGGAAUGAAACGGAAGAAGAUUGAAGGCGAGAGUUGCAGCAGCAGCAGCAGCCUAUCUUCUGUUUCGGUUCGACAAAAUGAAGAAGACAUUAUCAGCAGUCUACCAGACUCUAUCCUCUGCCACAUCCUCUCUUUUCUUCCAAUCAGAGACUCCGUGGCAACAAGCGUUUUGUCGAACAGGUGGAAGCCUCUCUGGACUCUGGUCCCUGUUCUUGACUUGGAUCACUACAAUCUUUCUAGAAAACGGCGGGGUCAAACUUUUAGCUUUGUGGAUACAGUGGUCAGAAUUUGGACUCUCCGAAACGCCAUUUCCACUCCCACCCCCCUACGCAAAUUGCGCAUUUCUUGGUGCGUCGAUUGUCUUCCCUUGUUUGUCGACUCAUUGGUCCGCGCCACCAUUCCCAAAGGUUCUUUGCAACAACUCGAUCUCAACAUUUAUUCUUUUAAACAACGUUUGGAGUUGCCCCGUUCUGUCUUCUUUAGUAAAACAUUAGUGGUUCUCAAACUUAACGGUACCUUUCUUCUCAAUCCUCCUUCUGCUUCUACCUUCCCAAAUCUCGAGAUUCUGCUACUUGAUUCUGUUCGCUAUGCAAACUGUGACUCUCUCUCCACACUCCUCGCAUCCUCCCCGGUCCUUCAAGAUUUUACCCUCAAACUGGGUCGGUUUGGAAUGGACAAUUUGGACAAGAAUGCAGCAGCAGGCAAGUUAAAUAUCAUUGUUCUUGUACCUACUUUGAAAUUUCUACUUUUACAUGUUGAGUGUGAGUCAUACAAACUCCAUCUAAACACCCCGCCUCUUAAGUACUUUCAUUUCAAAGGUGUUUUGGAUGAGGAUGUUGUGUUAGAAAAGCUCCCCAACCUGGUCAAAUCAGUGCUUCAAGUUGAGACAUGUUAUGAUACAAGUGAUGAUGAUUAUGCAAUGAGGAUAUGGGACUUCAUGGGACCACUCUAUAAUGUUAUAUCCAUGGAAUUGUACAUAAAUACCGCGGAGAGCCUCUGCCAUGCUUCUAAUCAUGAUGAUGAUGUUCCCAUGUUUCAUAAUUUGUCUUCCUUGAAGAUUUAUGGUGAGCUUUGGUUUAAGUAUGCGUGGCAUGCAGUACGACUAUUGCUUUUUCGGGCUCCAAAGCUACAAACACUUACCUUUGAAUUGGUAGAUUUGUAUGGCUCUCGUUGUUCUGAUCUUGACAAUUGCUCAAAGAACUCACCGGAUGUUCCUCAAUGUUUGUCAUCACACCUUACAACCUGUCAUUAUAUAGGAUUUUCAGAGCAUGAAGAUGAGAUGGAACUUGUUAGGCAAAUCCUAAAGGAUGCAAAAGUAUUAAGGACAAUGAAAAUCACUGCUGAAGGGCGUCCAGACUCAAAGACGAAGCGUCGUAUUCACAAGGAAAGUGAGUCCAACUGUCAUGGCGAGGACUCAAAUUUGCUCUCUGGGUUGUUGAUGGAGGUAGAGGGGCUUUUUUGUUAAGAAUGUCAAUAACGUACAACAUGAAAGGCUGUUUAGGAGAACACUAUUUUCUGUUUAAUUGGAAGCUUUCACAUUAGGAAGCUCAACAUGUUGGACAAUGUGAUCUUUCUUCUUUGGGCAGACAAAUAAAUCAACACCUAUUGGAGUAUAUAUGGACUGUAAUUUGGAGUGGGUGACCUCCGCUUAUCUCUGCAUGGUAUAUCAUCAGACAAUUAUAUUCCUAUUGAUGAAAACACAAACACACUACAAUAACUACUUGUUGCAAGCGUCUGCACAUGCAGUUAAGGGUGGUUGGAGAAAGCCAACAGCAUACUUUGAUUCCUUCCUCCUGGAUAUUGCAUGCGACCUUGUGAUAAGGGCUUGUGCAUAUGUAAUUAGGUCCAUGUUUGUAUAUUUCAUUUUCUGUAUUUGCUAUGUUGGAGUUUAUUCUAUGCUACUGGGGCAAAAUACUUGAAGAUUUAAUUUGUAUUUGCCGUCUUCUUUAAUUAUAUUAUGUUAAAGUUUUUAGUAAUGAUGUUUUCAAUUUGGGAUUUUACCACUCUCUCUCUCUCUCUCUCUCCAUAUAUAUAUAUA